GCCAAUUCUACCGAAGAAAUUUCCCGCGCAGAAUACGCACGGUUCGCCAACAAUACUAACGUUUUUGCAGUACUUAAUCUGCGCAUGCGUAAGAACAGUUGCGCGCAGGUUCCAUCUUUCUCUCCCGGUUAGCAUAUCGUCUCACGUACGCAAUUCCGAAACGAAGCCACGCAGUUUUCUGUACUCCUAUCUUAUAACAUAAAACAAUCAUGGCCCCACCAUCAUACAGUGAAUUAGGCAAAAGUGCUCGUGAUUUAUUUUCUAGUGGAUACCACUUUGGUUUAAUCAAGUUAGAUGUAAACACAAAAACUAAAUCUGGUGUAGAAUUCUCUAGUGGUGGGGUAUCUAACCAGGAUAGUGGCAAAGUAUUUGGUACCUUAGAAACUAAAUACAAAAUUGAUGAUUAUGGAUUAAAGUUCAGUGAAAGGUGGAAUACAGAUAAUACGCUUGCUACUGAUGUUACUUUUGCUGAUAAAUUGCUCAAAGGUCUUACCCUUGGUUAUGGUUGUACUUUCUCUCCACAAACAGGGAGUAAGACUGGAAAAUUAAAGACAGCUUACAAACAUGAUAAUGUAUCUGCCAAUGCUGAUUUUGAUCUCAGUCUUUCUGCUGGUCCUUUGGUAAAUGCAUCAGCUGUUGUAGGAUAUCAAGGUUGGCUGGCUGGCUAUCAAGCUUGUUUUGAUACACAAAGAAAUAAACUUACAAAGAACAAUUUUGCACUUGGUUAUACUGCUUCUGACUUCAGCCUUCAUGCAGCAGUAAAUAAUGGCUGUGACUUCAAUGGCCUCAUUUAUCAUAAGGUAAAACCAGAUCUAGAAGGUGCAAUUAAUCUCGAAUGGAAUUCAAGCAACAAUGUUACACAAUUUGGAGUUGCUUCAAAGUAUAAACUUGAUGAAGGUGCAUCUGUCCGAGCUAAGGUCAACUCCAAUCUUCAAGUAGGCUUGGGAUAUCAACAGCAAUUGCGUGAUGGUAUAACUUUAACACUUUCUACAAAUAUUGAUGGAAAGAACUUUGGCUCUGGUGGACACAAGGUCGGUCUUGCAUUAGAUCUCCAAGCUUAAAUAUGAAUGACUACAGACACAAAAGGACUUGACUCAAUGAAAGGUCAUUUUAUGAUCUUUGUGUCAUAAAGGCAGUAUCACUACAUGCUUCAGAUAAAGUAUUGCCUAUAACAUAUAGAUAGGUUUAUCCCAAAAUAUAUGUCACGAAAUAUCAUGCAUCGUUUAAAGGUAGUUAAAGGAGUAUUAGUUUAAAAUAUACACAAUUACAAGUAUAAACAUGAUGUGGUAACAGUAUCUUGUCAUGAACAACACAGUUUACAAAUUCUUGAAUGAAAUAGAAAUUUAUUAUUCUUUCCUCGGUAAUUCUCUUACAUUUGAUAUGGUGCAGUCUGUUACCAGUUCCUGUUGAA